AUGCUUCCGAAAAUUAUUUCAUGUAUUUGGUGUUCAAAAAUUACCAAAAAAAAUUCGUUUAAUCAAACCAAAUCCUGGCGAAAUAUAUGUACAAAAGGAUAUCAAUGGAUUCAUCAACUUAUUGAAGAACGUGGAAGUGAUCUUGAAACAGAAAUGCUUAUUUGUAGUAAAUGUCUUACGAUGUUAUAUAAAGCAAGAAAAUGUCGUGGAACAGCUAAUGGUGAAGGUUUUUGUGGUGAUGGAAAUAAUGAAGAAUAUUGCAUUUGGUGCUUAAAAUAUAGUACAGAAACUGUACCAUUAUCAGCUGCAGAACGAAUAUCAUUACUUUGUGAUUAUAAAAUAUAUUGUUCAUCCAAUGCUCGACGUUGUGUCAAUCGAUGUUUAGAAAUUCCUGUUCAACGAACAAAUGAACCAACUCGUCUUACAGCUAAACAAACAAUAUCAAUUUUAAAUGAUCUUAUUGAUGAAGUUAAUCGUAUUAAACUUAUGCCAAUAUUUCUUGAAAAUGAUUCAGUUGGAUCGGAAGAAGAUUUUAUAGCAUGGACCGGUUGGAAUUUAAACCAGUUGAUGGAAAUGACUUCACUUAUUGAACCUCAUAUGUAUAAAUCAAAACAUCGAUCACCAUUUGGAGCUGUUUGUAUGUAUUGGAUCAAAUUGAAAACGAAUCUUUCCUUCAGACAAAUUGGAACUAUAUUUAAAAUUCAAACAACGAAAGAAAGUAUUCGAAAAAGAGUAGAAGAUACUUUUCACACGGUUUCUACUCAUUUAUACAACGCAUUAGUUCCAUUACAUUUAGGUUUCCAUCACAUUUCCCGUACAGAUGCACUUGAACAUCAUACAGCUUAUACGAAAACAUUUUUUGGAAAUAAUUUAUCAAUUAUUUGGGAUGGAACUUAUAUAUAUACAAAUAAAAGUGAAGAUCAUAAAUUACAACAGGAAACAUAUUCUGGACAAAAAUCUCGACAUUUAAUUAAGUUUAUGUCUAUAAUUUUACCAGAUGGUUAUGUUUUGGACUUAAUUGGUCCCUUUAAGGGUAAAGAUAAUGAUGCUAAAAUCUCAAAGGCAAUUCUUGAUAUGAAUGAUAAUCUAUCAAUUAUUUGUGAACCAGGUGAUACACAAAUAGUGGAUCGUGGUUUCAGGGAUGUUGCUGGGGUGUUCGAAGAUUUAGGUUUUGCUGUAAAGAUGCCUGGAUUUCUAAAACAAGGUGAAAAACAACUUACUGCUGAACAAGCUAAUGAUACCAGAAUGACAACGAAAACCAGAUGGGUGGUGGAAUCUUUCCAUUCUCAAUUUAAAAAAUGGCGCUUUUUCUCUGAACGAAUAUCUCAAGAUUAUAUUGCAUAUAUUGAUAUCCUUGUUCGAACAGUUGCAGCAAGUUUAAAUAAAUAUAGAUCUCGUCUUUAUGAAGGUAAAUCACCAGAAGACUAUGCAUUAGCCAAUAAAAUGUUAUUAUUAAAAUCUCGAUCAAGUCAUCUUGAACAACUAAUUAUUAAUGGUAAUUUAUCAUUACGAAAACAAUGGAACAAUAUAUAUGAUAUUGAACCAGAUUUUAAUUUUCCUUAUCUUACACUUGAUUUCCUACGUGAGUACACAUGUGGAAUAUAUCAAAUAAAACAAAGCUCAUCAUAUGCAAAAGCUCAUUUAUUUAAUAACGACGAUCAAUUUGAAUUUCAACUUUUCUCUUCUAAUGAUUCUCUUCUUCAUUGUCGAUUACACAGCAAACAUUCAAGAACAACUAAAUAUUAUUUAUGUAUUCAAUUUGACAAUGAUGAUGAUGAUGAUCCAAUAAAAGAUCAUUAUUGUCAAUGUAAGUCAGGAGCCCGAAAUCUAGGAUGUUGUUCCCACGUAGCCACUGUGGUCUGGUACAUUGGUUAUGCGCGUCAUAUCUCCUGGACUCCACCUACACGUACUCAUAUUUUUCGAGAAAAAAUUUUCGUCUGUUGA